GCCUUAUACAAGAGCAGAAGUGUGAGCCCAUCAGUUUUCCCAUCAUGCCUGGCACCACUGAGGGCCAGAAACUGGAUCUUUCCAAACUCACUGAUGAAGAGGCUCAACAUGUGUGGGAAGUCGUCCAGCGAGAUUUUGACCUGAGGAAGAAAGAAGAAGACAGACUUGGAUCUCUAAAGACCAAGAUUGAGAAAGAAGACACCAAGAGAGAACUGCUGGCUAACCAGAGCAGCCUGACUGAUUCUUACUGUAUUCGCUGCCUCCAACCCUUUAAGUUCCUGGUCAGCAACAAGCGUCAGUGUCUGGACUGCCGCCUCUUCAUCUGCCAGUCUUGUAGCCGCUACAACAUCAAAGAGCAUGGCUGGGUGUGUGAUCCCUGUCGCAUGGCCAGGGUACUUAAAAUCGGCACUUUGGAGUGGUACCAUGAAAACGUCCGGUCCCGAUUCAAGCGGUUUGGAAGUGCCAAGGUGAUGCGAUACCUCUUCAAAAGGCUGAACAGAGAGCACAGGUCCUCUCAGAGUGACAAUGGAGAUCCCAGUGAAUAUGACACAGAGAGCAUGCCUGAGCUCCACAGUGAAAGUGAUCCAAACAAAACGGAGGCGGCAAACUCAGAACACAACAAAAGGAUGAAAAAGAAAAAACGGCGCCUAACUGUCCACCCUUUUGAUUUUGAUCUGGACUCUGACUACUCCAUGGACUCCAGAGGGCAGUCUUUUCAGGAUGCCUGCUCCCUGGACAUCAUGGAUGGAGGUGUGAGGGAGUCAGCAAUCGCUGCAGCAGAUGACUCUGUUUUCCACGGGAUUUUGGAAGAUCAGCACAAAGACAACCUUCAGUACUCAGACAACCGGACAGUUCCAUUUCCUUACUCCCUUUCUCAACUCAGUCAGUCGUCGUAUGGGAGCGGAAGCGUUGGAGGCCACAAUAGUGGCCCUGAUGACUCUGAGGUGGAGGACUACUCCCAGCAUUACCCACCUCAUCACUUCUAUCAGGGAUCCUGCAGCCACACUUCACAGGAGAGCCUGAAUUCAUUGGUCUCAUCUUCGCAGAUCACUGACCUGAGCAGACGCAUGUCAGCCAUGGAGACUAUGUUGACCCGCUUAGAGCAGGUCACCUCGACAGAUGACCAGACUCCUCAGGCUUCUGAGACUCCAGGCAGCACCUCCCCUUUCCCACAGUGGGACAACGUGGACCAGGAAGAGCAGCAGCUGCAGCAGAAGCUGAACGAGAUGACCAACAACAUUAGUGACCGCAGCCUAACCUCUGAGGAGGAUGAAUCAGAUCAGCCAGACUCCUUCCACCAGACACCAGAAUUCAUAUCAGAGAAAAACAAGGAUCCGCACACUGACUCGUGCAAGAUGGGCCAUUCAACAGAAAGUCUGGACAGCAAGUGGCUCCCCACUGAGGAGGGAUCAGCAGCAAACCUACGAGGACCAGCAGCCUUACUCUUCGAGCUGGAAGACAAGAUAGCUCAAACGGCGGCCGACGUUCAGAACGCCCAGAGUGAGGUCUCGGACAUAGAGAACAGGAUUGCUGCUCUAAAUGCUGCUGGCAUGUCAGUGGAUAAAAGCCGAAAAAGGUCAGCAAUCCCGAUCCCAUCGAGAAAGCUCACCCACAACUUUCCCACAAGCCAAGUGGAGAUGUUUGCAAGAAACUCAAUCUACAGGGGCUCCCUGACCCAGAGAAACCCAACAGCCAAGCCCAAGAAGAAGAUCACCUGUGCGAAACCAGUUAUGACGCACAUCUCAUGAUCAGGUUGCCGACUGUUGUGUGAAGGAAGAUUUAAGCUUCAGUUUAUUUUUAUCUAAGAUUUGUCUUGGAUUAGUCCUGGGAGUGAAGUGCUCAAAUGUAUGUGAUGUUAUUUUACCAAACGGUAUCUAUGGUACAUGUAUGUGCUGUAUCCACUGCUCAUCAUCCUCAAGGUUUUUGUGCUCUUCUCAUCUAUACCAGUGGAACAUAUAAAUAAAUGAAAGGCAUCAGAGGGCUGAUGAGCACCCUGGAUGCUCCACACGUCACAAUAUAAAGGUACAAGCAAUGAAUCUGUCAGUCCAUGGUGGUGUUUGACUUCAUAAUGACUUCAUUGACUUCAAUGACGUCAUUAUGAAGUCACUUAUACAAUCAAUCACAAAUAUUUUGUUGAUCAAUAUAUGCUUC